AUGGCCGGAAUGGAGUCAAUCUAUUCUGCCACCUACAGCAGUGUCCCUGUGUACGAAUUCAAGGUCGAUGGCGACAGUGUGAUGAGGAGAAGGGCGGACGAUUGGGUCAAUGCGACGCAUAUUUUGAAGGCUGCUGGGUUCGAUAAACCUGCAAGGACUCGAAUCUUAGAACGGGAAGUCCAAAAGGGAGUUCAUGAGAAAGUGCAGGGCGGUUAUGGCAAAUAUCAAGGGACAUGGAUUCCUCUCGGUGAGGGUCGCCUGCUUGCCGAACGCAACAAUAUCCUCGCGAAGAUCGCCCCAAUUUUCGACUAUGUCGCUGGAGAUCGCAGUCCGCCGCCGGCCCCGAAACACUCCUCGGCUCCCUCAAAGCCGAGAGCACCACGCAAAUCUACUAAUCGCUCGGCAGCCACCGAAAUCUUCAAUGUGGUUCAACCCAAUCGAAGCAUGGGACCUCCAACCCUACCCCAUGAGCAAUACGAAAUCAGCACUCAGUUUGAUGACAACGAAUCUAUCGAGCAAGCAACCAUGGAAUCUUCGUCCAUGAUUGCGGACGAGGAUAUGUUGCAGAUGUCCCAACAUGGCGGACGGAAACGCAAGCGCGGGACGAACGAGCCCAACAUGAUGUCCAUCAGCGAACAAGAGCAUAUCAUUUACGGCGACCAACUCCUGGAUUACUUUAUGACCGUGGGUGAUGCGCCACAAGCCACAAGAAUCCAUCCCCCGAAACCUCCGGACAACUUCCAAGUUGAUCGUGCCAUUGAUGAUUCUGGGAACACGGCGUUACAUUGGGCCUGUUCAAUGGGUGAUCUUGACAUCGUGCAAGAUCUACUCCGCCGAGGUGCCGACGUCAAGGCAUUGUCCGUCCACGAAGAGACACCGCUUGUUCGAGCAGUUCUCUUUACCAAUAACUACGAAAAGCGUACAUUCCCUGCUCUGCUUGACUUCCUACUGGAUACUGUCUCUUUCCGGGACUGGUUUGGAGCAACUCUGUUCCAUCACAUUGCGGAAACGACCAGAAGUAAGGGCAAAUGGAAGAGCUCACGGUAUUACUGUGAGGUAUUGCUUGACAAACUGUGCAAAACUUGCUCACAGGAAGAAAUCGAUCUGCUGCUGGCGUGCCAAGAUGAAAAUGGUGACAGCGCGGCUCUCGUGGCGUCUCGCAACGGUGCAUUCCGACUUGUGAAUAUGAUUCUGACACACUGCCCCCGGUCUGGUGAUUUGAUGAACAAGAAGGGAGAGACUGCCAAUGGCAUCACGCAAUUUUCGCACCAUACCGAACAUGAUAUUCCACCCGCUCCGUCGUCCGUCACUAUGAUGAAUGACCAUUUUGAGGGCCCUGCUGGCGACCUUAUGAAUCCGGACCACGCCCCCAUGCCUUUACCAGUGGAUUCCGGUGCCAACUCAGAGCUGCUCACCAAGAUCAGCACGAUCAUGUCGGAGGCGAACAAGAAGCUCGCGGUGACCUAUGGCAAUUCCAAGAUUAACCAGCAAGACUCGAAUGAUGUUGCGAACCCGGAGGCCCUCUUCGAGCAGCUCGAGUCGGAUCGUCAGAAGAUCCAAAAGCAAGCGGUUGCGAUGGCUGCAAAGGAGGCCGAGAAUGAAGCUAGCGAUCACCAGCUGGGUCGAUAUGAGAAGCUGCGGGCCAACUACGAGUCACUUCUCGAACAGACACAAUACGCCGAUUUGGCCCAGCAGUUGAACACCGGGGCGCCACCGGAGGCUCCACGGGUGAACCCAUCCUCGCUCAGCCCUGAGGAACUGGUGGUCCGCUAUCAACUCGCGCGUGAGCUUUGUACUGCACAAAAGACGCGCCGCGGCACCGUUAAGGACCUUGCCCAGCAAACGGCGGAUGCUGGUGUCAGCACCAAGUUCGACGUGCAUCGCAAGCUGGUGGCUCUCGCUACUGGCCUGAAGGAAGAGGAACUCGACCCCAUGGCGGCCGAGUUGGCUGAGACCCUGGAAUUUGAUCGCAUGAACGGCAAGGGCGCAUCCCCCGAGCCUGAACACCGAAGCCUCGCUUCGCAGAGCGAGCUUCACCCGGGUUCUGGCGUGCCCGUCGAUGCGUGA